CUCAUCCUAUCACGUGGUCAGUGCGUGGCUUCUACCCAGUCGGCGCAGCGUGGCUCUUCCUCUUUGAUCGAACUCGGUUUCGCCGGUCGAAUACCAAACUACAUUUAACGUACCCUUUACCAUCUCAAUCCUAGGCUUUGUACCCUCAAUACUUAGCGAUGGCAAGCCAAAAGAAACUUCACUUCGUUGAGAAUUUUGGUCUUAGCGGUGCUGCCGCCAUUAUUUCCAAGACCGCUGCUGCUCCCAUUGAGCGUGUAAAGCUGCUGGUCCAGAACCAGGAUGAGAUGUUGAAAGCAGGACGCCUGGAUCAUCCUUACAAAGGCGUCAUCGACUGUACCUCAAGAACAUACAGAUCUGAAGGAUUUCUUUCCUUCUGGAGAGGUAACCUGGCAAACUGCAUUAGGUACUUCCCCACUCAGGCUCUAAACUUUGCCUUCAAGGAUCAAGUCAAGGCUCUUUUCAAGCCCAAAAAGACUGACAGCAAUGCCAUCAAGUUCAGCAAAAACAUUGCCUCCGGUGGUGCUGCCGGUGCCAUGUCUCUGUUCUUUGUCUAUUCCCUUGACUACUGCCGUACAAGAUUAGCCAAUGAUGCCAAGGUAGGAAAGAAAGGAGGAGAGCGCCAGUUCAAUGGCAUGAUCGAUGUCUACAAGAAAACCAUUGCCAGUGAUGGUCUUGUGGGUCUUUACCGUGGGUUUGUCAUCUCAUGCGUCGGGAUCAUCGUGUACCGUGGCUUCUACUUCGGCCUGUAUGACACCCUGAAGCCUAUCCUUCUGGGUGAGGAUGCAGGUGUCGUCAUCUCAUUUGUUCUUGGUUAUGGUGUAACUGUCAGUGCUGGUUUGGCUUCCUACCCCAUCGACACCAUCCGCCGAAGAAUGAUGAUGACCUCUGGCGAAGCCGUUAAGUACAAGGGCUCUAUCGAUUGCACCAUCCAGAUCUUGAAGAAAGAAGGAGCUAUGUCGCUGAUGAAGGGAGCUGGAGCCAACAUCCUCAGGGGUAUGGCCGGGGCUGGUGUACUUGCUGGAUUUGACAAAUUCAAGGAGUUGUACGUCAACUUCCGGUUUGCGGAAAACUAAUUACUUUACCGGACAUAUCUGGACCACAUGAGAGGGUUUUGUGUUGCGCAAGCAAAUGCUUGUGGAAUGAAUUUGUAAAGAGUGAUAGGAGAAACACAGCGCAUUGUCUGCUAGGGUUUUAGAAGUUUCAAUUUUUGUAAGGAGAAAUUUGUAAAAUCACCAGUGUGGCUUUGCAAAAUGUAUUUAUACUACGUGCUGUAAUGGUCUUCUCUAGUAUGUCAAUAAAAUAAAAUCACAAUUGUAAAA